UAGUGAAACGUUACGGUCGGCCAACUCAUUUUCCUCGUUCAAACCCGGAAGUUGUUUGUCUGUCUCGCUCUGGCUGGAAGCUGGAAGCUGGAGAGCAACUCCGACACCUGCAACCUCUCCAGUUUGUUGGAUAAAGCCACUGAGCACACUGUCUCCCGAGGUGUGUGUGUGUUUGAAUGUUGGUAAGUUGUGUGCGUGUGUACUGAGUGUGUUUUGGGGUGAUGUACUGUAUGUACCAGGAUCGGGAGGCGUUGGAGGAUGAUCUCUACCGAGACGAUGAAGGGGACUCUGAGGGGUCAGAGGCCAACAGUGAGCUGGAGUUCCGCCUUUAUAGCCAGCUCCACUACUCUUCUAAUGCUGGGGAGAUGGAGGAGCAGGAGGAUGGAGGAGAGAAGGCGGAGGGCCAGGACAGCCAGCAGCUUGAGGUGACGGAGACUGCCGAUGCUGACGGAGUACAGGAACACACUGGAGAAAGUAGGCCUCCGUCACCUAAUUUGAGCAAGUUACUGCAACACCUGAAGAAGAAGAGAGAGAAGCAUGAUAAACAGAAGAAGGGGAAAAAUAACCCGAAAGGUCAGAGGUCGUCGUCAUCACUUUUUGAGGAGGUCAUCGUGAUUGACUCCAGCCCCGAUGUCAUCUCUAUCUCUGAGGAUGACACUGCUGAUGAUGAUGAAGGGGUCUGUGCCUUGAAGGGUCAAGGCUUACAGCGGCUGCAGACUUCCACCCCGGCCCAACAGAGAACCCAGAAAAGGAAGAGGAGUCUCAGUGUGCCAGUGACUGUGGACUCCAGCAGCUCAGAAUCUGAUUCAGAAGAGUCGGAAUCAAAGUCUGAGUCUAAAUCGUCUGAAUCAUCUGAUUCUUCUGAUUCUGAUGGUCUGGAGAACUGGAUGAUCCUAGGUCCAGGGAACCAGGAUGGAGACCAGUCCAUCUCACUCAACCUUGAGGGAGGGUCUGACAGCAAUGCAGAUGUUGAAGACGAAGCAGGCAGCUGGUUGGUUUCUCACAAAGACAUGGAGGCUCAGAUCUACAACAGAGACAAAGGUGCCAGGAUAGCGAUGCAGCGGGUGUCAAACAGAUACUAUACUGACAAGAACGUCCAGUGUCGAAACUGCAACAAAACCGGACAUCUAUCCAAAAACUGCCCCGAGCACAAAAAGUUAUCGUCCUGCUUCCUCUGUGGCACUCCAGGCCACUUGGUCAGUGAAUGUCCCAAUAAGCACUGCAACAACUGCGGCCUGCCUGGGCACCUCUACGAUUCCUGCAAAGAGAGAGCGUACUGGCACAAACAGUGCCAUCGCUGCAGCAUGACGGGGCACUUCUUUGACGCUUGUCCAGAGAUCUGGAGACAGUAUCACAUCACGACUAAAACAGGUACUCUUAUAAAACAGCGGGGAGAAGACCAGGGUCGAACCCCUGCCUACUGCUACAACUGCUCCAGGAAAGGACACUUUGGCCAUGCGUGCACACGGCAGAGGAUGUUCAAUGGGACGUAUCCCAGCACCCCAUUCAUCAACCACUACGACACCGUGGAGGACAUCAACCGCAGACAACACAGGAUAAAGUUGAAGGUUAAAGAACUGAAGAAAAAUGGCCUUUUCCCUGCCAGUUCUCAGACCCCUCUCUCUCCAGGACAGCCAAAGAAGAAACAGAAAACCAGCCAUCACAAAAACAACCACCAGCCUAACCAUAUACCUCACCAAAGCUCCAACAACCACAAACCCAGCCCAAGUCAUAUAUUUUUUAAUGACGACAAUGACUUUAAGACCCCAGCUCGCAAAACAAAUAAGUACAAACAACAGGAAAGCACUGGCAAUGUGAAACCGUGGAAACCCAAGAGACCAGUGCCCACCUCGAGAAACCAACCAACUAAACUAAUUUUGGAUGAAGCAGAUGACUUUCCCAGAGGCGGAGGCAAAGGAGAGUACAUAGAAAAGAAGAGGAACAGGAUGAAGAAAACGAAGCAAGCUCGUUCAGUGGCACCAGAAGGACACAGAGACAGCAGACCAGACCGUCUCUUUUGGACUGUAACUGGAGAGAUGCAGGGGUCAAAGCAAGAGAAAGGAGAGAAGAAGAGAAAGAGGAGAAAUCGAGCCCGCAGGAUUGCUGACAAAAAACUUGAUGCACAGAUGUAUCCAACCGAUGAGAACCUGUUUAUCAUCAAACAGAGGAAACGCCACAGAUAGCAUCAGUUUGUGUGAGGUGUGGGUGUCAGGGGCUGUCAGGGCUGUGAUCUUUGACCAGCACCUACAGUAUGUCUUCCUGACAUUUAGGGACUUGUCAGACUUCUUGUUGACUCAGGUCUCACUGCAAAACAGUGUUGCUUCAGGGGGUUCAUGUUUCACGUUUUGACAUGUCACUGUAGGAAAGCACAGGUGUAAAUAAUAAAAUGAAUGGCUGAAUGUAUUUGCUUCAGUUUCAGGGUCUUGGUAUUGUGCAUGCUGGCCCACCUACACACUUUCAUGAGAGAGCCAUUGUUUAAUUUAACUAUCAGUAAAAGUGAUGGGGGACAAGAUUCACAGUUUUGUGCAAAAAUGUAUUCAGAAGUUUAGCUGAGUAAUAUGAGGCUUCAGCAGUCUGAGUUAGACAAACCAAGUGGAUAUCUUUCAGAGUUACUGUCUUUUUAGUACCUUUUUUUGUUUCAACCCUUCCACUACAGCUCAACAAGGAAACACUGGCCAGGGAAACAAAAGGAGGGAUUUUUGUACUGAAGAAACAUUGGAAGAUACUCAUUUGAUUUGUCUAACUCAGACUGCAGAAGCCUCACAUUACUUUCAGAUAAACUUUUGAAUAUAUUUUUGCACAAAAUGUGGAGUGCAGAUUUUUUUGCCCCAUCACUUCAUUGUAAGCCCUUAGGGAAGGGAUCUUUAAUGUCCAGUAUGAACAGGAGGGAUUAUUACAGCAAGUAUGUGGGCACCUGAUUAUUGUUUUAAGAGAGCCUUGAAAAUUUGGGAACCUAAUGCUAGUAGUUCCACCUGUGCUUUCUCUACUAUUGACAAGUCAAAAUGUCUGCUGUGAAAAAGGUCUAUUGUGUUUGAUACUGUAGUCUGAGCUGCUUUUUCACAGUUUGUGGUCAGUGUGAUACUUACAGCCCCAAACAGUGGCAUCACUUCAUGACAUUUUCACAUCCAAGUCACUGAUAAUAUAUUUGCAGAUGGACAAUGUUCUACGAGAACCCAGAUAAGAGUUCAUACAGUCAGUUCAGUAAUUAUAUAAGGUAACAAAUAAUUUCCACAGUUCUGAGCAUUUUCAAUUAAACAGGAUGACUUGCAUUACUGAUAGGCAUAAAUAAAAGGCGAAUCAGUUAGUUGCAUCAACCUACAAUAUUUUUAGAUGUGAUGGUUAAAAUAGGUCUAUUAAUGUCAUUGCUAUCGUAUUCUUUCAUUUCUUUGUUAACAAUAGUUUCUGCACAUUGCAAUUUUUGAAUUAAAAACAGACUGCUCUUUGAAGUACAGUAAGAUAACUUCCUAGUGCCUUUGCUCUGAACACAGUUUUAAAGUUGUUGCUGCUGUUUGCAGUUGGAACCAAAGGAUAGUGCGUUUUUAAAAAAUACUCGAAAUCAUUGUGGUUUUUUUUUCCACUUAGAACUGAAGGGAUGCCUUUUUUCUAUAUAAUUAAUGUGUAAAUUAUCUAAAUAUAUGGAAAUACUGUAAAUACGUCUAUUACAUAUGUUUGAUGCAAAUAGUCACUUCACCAGUUCUGACAGUAUUAACUUUUAACCAUCUACUAUUUAAAUUCAAGUGUACAUGGUUUUAUUUGUUAUGAAUGUUACAUGAUGAAACCUUAAUAACAUAACAUGAAAGAAUGUGUGAAGGUUCCUUGAUGACAUGAAUACUGGCUACCCUGAAGUCUCUGGGAUAAAUAAAACUGGAAUCUGCUGUUUGACUUCCAGGAAGAGAAAUCAGUUGCAUGAGUUGUGUGCUUCAUCUAAGACAUGUACACACUGGUUUAUUCAGUAACUUUUAAACUGUUCCAUAAUCAUGGAGAUGAUCCAUUAAAAUGAUUUGGUUCCAGUC